GAGCAUGGGAUCAAGAAAUGAUUUUUCUUGCGGAUAGGCAUCAGUUUCUUGCGUCAACCAAAUUUUGCCAAAAGCUUGCUUCGUUAAUAGCGACGUAGCGCAAUCGUCUUAUACUCUUUUUCUGUUUCAUCACCAACCCAAUCCUCACGCAACGCAUCUCUCAGUUUUUCAGUGAGAGAACCAAUGGGUAAUGCUUCAUCAACGCUAACUCAAUAUGACAUUGAAGAAGUUCAAGAACACAGUAACAAUCUAUUUUCCCAGCAAGAAAUAGUGUCGUUGUACAAGAGAUUUUGCCAACUUGACCGGAAUUCCAAGGGUUUUAUCUCAGCCGAUGAGUUUUUAUCCGUACCCGAGUUUGCGAUGAACCCUCUUUCUCAGAGACUGCUUAAGAUGGCGGAUGGAUUGAACUUCAAGGACUUUGUGGCGUUCUUGUCUGCUUUUAGCACGAAAGCUAGUAUGCCACAGAAAGUCCAUUUAAUAUUCAAAGUAUAUGAUUCAGACAGUAAUGGGAAGGUAACUUUCAAUGACAUAUUAGAAGUAUUGCGGGAUUUGACAGGCUCAUUCAUGUCAGAUGAGCAAAGAGAGGAAGUUUUGAGCAAAGUUUUGCGGGAAGCCGGAUAUUCCUGGGACUCUACUUUACUGUUGGAUGACUUCAUUAAGAUUUUUGGCAAACUUGGACUGAAAAUGGAGGUGGAAGUUCCAGUUGACUGACUGAGCCUGCAGUUUAUUCCGGAAUUUAUGAUUCAAGAUGAACCUUGGAGAGAACUCAAAGCUUUUUCUUGACCUGUACCAUUGUUCAUAUUUUUAGGAAAAAAACAGACGAAAAUAUAUGUACUAUCAAUAAGAAUAGGCAACACGGUAUGAUUGUAAAUUCGCUGCCAUCUCUCUCUCUCUCUCUAGCAGAAAUGUUUCAUCUUAAAGAUGACAUGCAAUCCAGCUGCUUAUUCUUUUCACAUCA